CCAUUUGCUCGCAUGCAAUCGGAAACCUUACGCGACACACGUUCGAAACCCUUGUUAACAAUCUAGUUUAGUAUAGACAUCUGUGCCUGUACACCGUUCGGAGAGAGAGAGAGAGAGAGAGAGAGAGAGAGAGAGAGAGAGAGAGAGAGAGAAAAUCUGUUAUAUUAAUUAGAGAUAACCUAUAUUUACUGUCAGAUUUCUGUGAUAUAAAUAUUAUAUAUAUUAGAAUUUGAUAACUAAUAUAUAAACUCGCAAAUAUAAAAGAUUCAAGUUUUUCUAAAUUUAUACUUGAAAAUUGCAAUGAUCUCACGUUUGGUAUAUCACAUCGUAAAUAGAACAUUUUGUCGUACUACCUCGAAAUAUGUUACCAAUUCUGAUUCAGACUCGAAAGAAUUAAAUACGAGCGUGACGAAGGACUGGAAAGUGAAGUUACACAGCACAAUGAAAAUCUUACCAAACUUCAUUAGCGAACAGGAAGAAGAGAUUUUGAUACGCGAGAUUGAUCCUUAUAUGAUGAAACUGCGUUAUGAAUUUUCACAUUGGGACAAUGCAAUACAUGGUUACAGAGAAACAGAAUGGAGGAAAUGGAGCAAAGAUAAUUCAGAGAUUCUCAAUAGGGUUCGUAAAACAGCAUUUCCAUCAGAUAUGGUACAACUUUCACUAGUGCAUAUACUGGAUUUAGCUGCUGAAGGAUGGAUAAAGCCACAUGUCGAUAGUGUCAGGUUAAAAUAUUUACAGUUUUGUGGAGAAAUUAUUGCAGGAUUAAGUCUACUGAGUGACAGCGUGAUGAGACUGAACUUGGUGGAACAUGAGAAGGAGUGCUCUGAGUGUUUUCUACUUCCAAGGAGAUCGCUAUACAUCAUGAGCGGUGUUGCGAGGUACAAGUACAACCAUGAGAUCCUGAAAUGUGAAGAGUCAUACUUUGGAGGACGACACAUACCAAAAAGUAGACGUAUCUCUGUGAUAUGUAGAAGUGAACCUGAUCUAGAAAAUAAUUAGAAUUCACUGUAUAAUUUAGAUAUCUUACGUUAUAAAAAUAUUCCAUAUAAAUAUCUAAUAUUUAAUCACAGUUGGCAAAGACAAGUUAGUUAAUAAAGAGUAUAUCUGAAAGUUUA